AUGGCCAGGGAGGGAACGCCAGCCGAGACGCGGCUCAACCUGGAGCCCUUAGAGGAGCAGGCGGAGGGGGUCCCUCCGUGGUCCCUCUCACCCCACCUGCAGCCCCCCCGCAGGGCCCCGACGGAGGGUCGUGGCGGGGCGGAGGACGCCGUGGAGUUGGGCCAGGGGGAGCUGUCUGCAGAGGGGGCCGGCGUUGAGGCGAGGCGUCUGAGGGAGAACAGGGAUCCCAAAGCGGUCAACUCGUGUCUGAAGGUGGCCUUCGAGGAUGUCAUCGCGGAGCCUGCGUCCGUGCGGAGCUUCGACCGGGUGUGGGUGUGGAGCCAUGCCCUGUUUGAGGUGUCCAGAGUGUGGUGCUACCGCCUCAUCUCCCUGCUGCUGGCCGUGCCCGUCUCACUGGUGGCUGGGCUGCUAAUGGCCCUGCUCAGCUGCCUGCACAUCUGGCUGAUCAUGCCCUGCCUGCAGCUCUGUGUCAUCAACAUGCGUUGGGUGCAGGUCCUCUGGGCCAGCGUGCUCAACAUUGCCAUCGGCCCUUUCUUCACCAGCAUGGGGAAGUGCUGUGGUAGCAUAAGCAUCCGGAUAGCUAGGGACUGACCCAGGCUUCACCCUAUCAGGCAGCCUGCCAAGCCCUCUGCUGUGAGCAUCCAGGAGUAUUCUCACCCAGAAUGUAUUCCCUUUUAAAACGAUUCCAACUAGCACAGGAUUUCCCGGUUCGGGAGUUAUCUGAAUGUCAAGUUAAAUCAUGUGUGCCCUCAUGUGUAAAGAUCUAGAAAUACCUCGUUAUUUGCAUGUGUUCAUAUUUAGAAAUGCAAUUUUGCUAGGGGGCGUCGGGUUACAUUGGGUAAGCCCUUCUUUAUCUCCUUAAUUAAAUUUGUAUUUGCAUUUCAUCUCCACUAUACGUGAGGUAUAGUAACAGCGAUACGUUAUCUUUCUCCCAACGAUUAAUAAAAACCUA